CUUCAGUCGCAGUUUGGACACGAUUUCGGGACUGGGGCUGGUAAUCUGACGAUGGAAGUCUUUGCCAUUUCCAGUUCAUUUUCUGAUGUUAAUGUCAGUGUGGACGCGUGAUUUCUCUCUGAUAUUCUCCUCUGAUCUACUAUGUGCCGCGUCUGAUUCCUCGAGCGUGUUCGUCGCGCACAGAGCACAGAGGACAAAGAGUUUAAGAGAUCCAUGGCCGCGCGUUCGCGAAACUGUUUGUGCUUUCUAAACUUCAUCAGGUUGAUGAUGACGUCGUGAUGUUGCAAAAAGGCAGGGUGUCGCGAGCAACAAAGUGAUUCGCGAGAGAGUAAGACGAAUUCCUCGCGAUAUGGAGUCGAUCAGAAAAUGGUUCUACAGACCUAAGAAAGACGACACGAGUUUAUUAGCUCAAUUCUUUUACGCUGACGAAUCCCUGAACGCUGUGGCUUGUGAACUAGAUUCUUUUGAUGGCCGCCAAGAACCAGAAAGAUGCACGUCUUUGGUAAAUCAACUUCGUCAUUGCCAAGACAAGGUCUUGACGAUAUGCAAUCAGAUCAUGGAUGAUCUAAUCCCAGAUAGCAGGGCUAAUCGGGAUUUUCGAGUAAAAUUUCCUGACGACGUGAUGCAGGAAAAUCUGGCGGGGCAGCUGUGGUUCGGCGCUGAAUGUCUGGCAGCUGGAUCGUCAAUCAUGAAUCGAGAAGCUGAAAGUUCUGCAAUGAGACCAUUGGCGAAGGCUCUCACAAAGUCGCUCGAAAUUGUUAGGAAUCUGUUGAGAGAACAUGCAUUAAAAGGCCAUUUGAAUCUAAAGUAUCUUUCUCAGGUUCAGAAUCCACUGGAGCCUUCGAUAGAAAAGCUGAUAGAGUCUUUAAAGAUCUUUGAUCGACUAUUUGCCGAUUUUGAACUCUGUUACGUUGGAGCAAUGGUGCCAGUGAAGUCGACAAAAGAGUAUGAACAACAGGAACUCGUGUGCGUUUUAUUCUCGGAAACUCUUCAAAGAGCUCUCGAAAGAGGAUUAUUGAACCAGGCGGACGUGGAUAACUACGAGCCGGCCUUGAUGUUUACUAUUCCACGUUUAGCUAUUGUUUCUGGCUUAUUAGCACCACCUGGAGGACCUCUCUGUCUAAAUUCUCCCGAGAAUAUUAGCGAAAUGUUUAGACCCUUUAGGACUCUUCUCCUCAAAAUCAGAGAACUCCUCUGGACUCUAAACAACCGAGAACUCUACAUGCUCGAAAAACUUCUCUGUUCGAAUGAAGAGCCAUCGGCAUCAAUGACUCAAACUGGUACUACGACGUGCCAGGACGUUCCCGAUCUCGAAGAAUUCGUUCACAAUUUUUAUACCGGCUACCCAAAUUGCAAAGACUUUAUCGUGGAUUUCUAUACAGUGACGCGAAAUACAGGCAGCAAUAUGGACGAAGUCGCCAAUGACGUGGUUCAAAUUUUGGACCAAGGGAGUGGACAAAUUGACUUGUCUGAUGAGGUUGAGAAGCGACAAAAGGACGAGGAGAAAACGAGGAUUUGCAAUGGUGUUGGAGUACCGAAGGAGGAAGAGAAUAUUUCUGAAAAUUAUUCACAUGAGGUCGAGGUUUCCGAAAUUAAAGCUCCAGUGGAGCGACAAGACAUUCCACGUAGUUUAAGACAGACAAGUUCCGACAGCAGCUCUUCCAGUGGUCAAGAAAAUUACGUUCACAGAGAAGGAGUCGACAAUUAUCUGAGUUCAGAUAUAACGCAGAUGCUCGGGAGUUCAGAGAGCAUUGAGGUUCCGCAAACUCAGUAUUUACUGAAUCAAGUUUCCCAUGAGAAUAAUGUUACAGGUGAGACAGUGCACAUUCAGAAUUCGUUGCCUGAUUUAGAUUCCAAACGGCUUAUAUCUGCGGCGAACAAGACACUUUCCAAUCUCCUACUGGACGGGGAAUCUCUGAAUGAGAUUUCGGAACAGACUGAUUCGGGAAUCUGCACAGUGAUAUCUUCAGAAAAUACGAGUCUUUAUGACAAAAGUCCCGAGGAGAAGAAGACCUUUGCGAACGAAAUAGAACCCGACGAGGGUCAAAGUUUCGAGGGUGAAGACACGGAAGAAAAUACAAGCUACUCUUGUUCAAAUUUAAACUCUCCGAAGAGAAAAAAUUCUACAAUUUCGGAAAAUUCCUGUAUUUGCAGUCUGCGAAGCGCAAAAGGCAUGGAGCAUUCGAUAGAAGUUUCCGCCCUGACGACCAAUGGCGUCGAGCCAGCGAAAAACGGAACCAGGAUAUCGUCGACUUUUGAUGGAUCAAACGAAGAGUUUAUUGGCGUUGCUUACGGAAAUGGUCAGAUUUCGGUUUGCGACUCGAACCAACCUAGUUUUCAGAUAAACUACUCUGAGAACUGGGAGAAUCUGAACCUCAAUAUAGACGCCUCGUCUUCCAGGAAGGAAUUCUGGAACGAUCUCAAGUGUGAGAACUGCCCUUCGACUUCACAAAACAUUGAAAAGAUUGGCAACAAGAUUGACAAGUUUGCGAGGGAAAAGAUUAUAGCCAAGAGAUCGAGGGAGGAGAAACAGAGGAAACGACUGCGUAAAUAUGAGAGAAAAAGUGAUCAUAAGGCUAAUAUGGAACCGCGACAGAGUAUCUCAUUUAAUAUUCAGAGCAUUCAUCUGCCCACGAGUACUGAAAGUUCUCGCUCGAAUUCAACUGACCGUCUUAAUCCUAGAUUGAUGAGCUUGGGCGCGAGUUUGCAUCCUAGUCAAAACACGAGGCAAAUGCCCAACUUUGGCAGUCACAGUCCUCAUUCGAGUCCAAGACUGCAGCACUUUGAGGCCCGAGGAAGUGUCAAUCCAGGUCGACAAACUUCUGGAAUCUCCCAAAGAAUACACCGAAACUCGUCGUCUCAGAAUAAAAAAUUGCUCGAUCAUAGAAGAUCGAAGUCGGAGAAAAUUGCAAGAAUGAAGAGGAAAGACUCUGAUAAGAGAGACAAGUAUGAGAGGAUGAAUGUAAGAUCGAAACAUGCAAAGAGAAGGGCAAGUGUUCAAAGCUCAAGUGAAUUAAUAAACGAUGGUUUGGGACCAAGAACUGAUAAAAGUGGUUUAGUUGUGGAGCCAAACUCGCUGGUAGAACCACCACCACUCCGGUACCAUGAGCAUCAGGAUUCUCGAAGAUAUGCGAGACCUGUACUCAUCAGCACUUCCAUCAUUUCCAAAGUUCAGGCUUCGACUCUUGAACAUGCUCUGGCUCAGAGAGCGGAUUUGGACUCUAGUUCCAGUUGUUCCAGUUGUUGUGAAUCGAGUUCAGAGACUAGCGAAUUCCAAAGCGAUUGCCAGGAUGAUGAAGAGAUCGCACUGGCUAUGCAAGCUGCUGAAAUAGCAAACAGGAAUCAGAUACGAGCAAAGUUUAGAUCUUCCGAAGAUCUGGUCCAUAGAUUAUUCGUGUGCAUCGCAGGCGUUGCUGAUCAGUUACAAACCAAUUUCGCUUCGGACCUUCGCAAUAUUCUAAAGUGCGUUUUCCUCAUGAAUAGCAGCCAGACAACUGAGGAUCCAAAGGAAGAAGAGCCCGUGAAUCCUACCGAGCCAGAGAGAACUUUUCCAGAUUCGUUGAAUUCAACCGAAAAUUCGGAACACCAAGACAUGCGUGAAGACGAAGAUGAAAUAGUGACAACUCCGCCGACAAAUGAAAGAGUUUCCCCCACGACUGAAAGAGGCGAGGAAUGUGUGGAGCGGGCUCCAGCGUGGGUUCCGGAUAAUGAUGCGCCAAGGUGCAUGGCUUGCCAGGCGGGAUUCACAGUUGUACGACGCAGACAUCAUUGUAGAAAUUGUGGCAAUGUAUUUUGUGGCCGCUGCAGCAGCAACAAUGUCCCCUUGCCACGUUAUGGACACACAAAGCCAGUGCGAGUUUGCAAUAGGUGUUUCCUAUACCAAGUGACACCAUUCACUGUCUCUCAGGUGACGCCCACCAGCUGAAGGUUUUCCAUGUGAUUUUUGUCUUGGGUAAUUGUACGCUGACUCUUGCUGUUGAAAUGAAAUUUGUCGAUCGUUGAAACCCACGAGAGAAAAAUAAACGCAUGUUAAACGAGGCCUUUUUUUAAAACGGGACCACCUUUUCAAUCGGGGACUCGAUGCUAUAAUUAAUAUCUUGAUUUUUCUCUUUUUUUAAGGAGUCAAUCGAUUAAAAUUAAAAGGCACAAGUAAGGACAAAAAAAAAUUUCGUUUCAACGCAACUUUCGACAGAAAGGUUUCACACAAUUUACUCGCGAGUCUGAAGGAAAAUUAUAGAGAAAAAUUUCACAAUCGAGAGGUACCGGUAAAAGAUGUCUAUUUCGGAUGAAGAUUAUUUGUAUCUAAAAGCAAGUUAGUAAUGAGUUUGGGCUGUGUUAUUGAUUUAUUAUUGUAUAUAAAAAAAAGUCAUGAAAAACUCAAAGAUCUUGUACAAAUAAACGACAUUCGCAAUCUGUGAACAAUUCCAACUGAUAAUUUUCUUGAAAACACGCAGGGGGGAAAGUGUGUGCAACAACCAAAGUCGGUGUAUGAAAAAUGGCGAAUAACGAGGCUCGCGUUUUGCGAUUUAUUCUCGAAUCGUAGUUCGUGGUAGAAAUAUGCUUGUAAAUUUAACGCUUACGUCGAUUCGCUAACAAUCAUUAAUUUAACAUGUUUAUAUGUCAUUUCUCUGAGAGAAAAAAGAAACUAGUGAUUAGAAAAGGGAAAAUGGAAGCUGUGUGACAAGUCACGUCGAGAGUAGAUUCUUUGAUCGUUAUUAGAAUAAUUAUAGAAUCGUUCUUACUGUAAAACAACGACUUUGGCUAGCUGAUUUUUUCCACAAGUUCUGGAAAGUUUGAUCAGACAUGACUUUCGAUUUUAAUUCUUUAAUCUAGUUACGCAUAAUCCAGUGAGUGAUUGAAUGUACAUACGUAAAUACGCAUAGCGGUAUUAAAAAAUGAAAAAAAAAUGUUUGUAUAUGAAGGUGACGAAUUAUUCAAGUAUUAGGUAUCAAGAAUGAUUUUACUGGAAUCAGGAUGUCUACCGAUCGCGGAAAUUAUAAAAGAUAUAUUAAGUCAAUAAUUUCUUUAAGUUUAAUAUUUAAGUGCAAUCUUAAGCUUGUAAGUUGACUCACAAUCUGUAGACAUCCUGAGAAUAAAUAAUCAUUUCUAAGCACCACACAACUGUCUGCAACGGGUAUUUGCUAAAUUAAAAAAUGAUCAACAAUAAAUAGUCUCUAUAUUUCCGAAGGUCUUGUUUUUUAAAGAUAUUUUAUUUUUGGUAGAUACCCGGCAGAAAAUGUGCAUUUGGAUAAAAAAAGACUGUUUGAAUGUAGAUGUCAAAAUAUUUCGCGACUAACUCAACGCCUAGACUUUUUAUCGAUUAUGAAAUUAAAUAAGAUUAGGUUAUUCGUAAAUUGCAUUCUCUCUGAAUUUAGUAAAGUUUAGAAAUUUAAAAAAAAAAUAUUUCCUUGAAAGCUGUCGAUAAAACGCGAAUUGUGGCCUACACUUUUUCAUAAACUUUAGAAUUUAGGCUUUUAAAAUUCACUCGUUGAGCGUCCAUUUCCGUUGUAUUCAAAAUUGUAAAUUAAAAUUGUAUUAAAUAAGCGAGUGGUGUCGUAUUUAUCGAGUCACGGCACUGUUGCACAGAUUGAACAUGUAUGUUUUGUAAAGUCCGGAUGAUAAAAAAAUGGACGAUUUAGUAGUGUGCAUACCUGUGUUUACACGCUAUUUUUUUUUAUAAUUUCAGAGGUGUAAAUAAUUUUAUCCAUAUCGAGAGAGAAGAAUUCCAAUAAUAGUCACUGUGGCAAUUUGUUUUUGUUAAAAAGUCUCAAAACAGAAGGUUUUUAAAAGCUCGAAAAGACAUUUAUUUUAUCCAUUUUUAUUGAUACGAAAAAGUAAGAGAGUUUUAAAUCAGACUCGAAAUGUGAUGAUGAAAACUGCGUACGUAUAAUGUAAAAACGUUUAGAAGUGUACUAUUUUUUAAUUCUUUGAUGGCGAUGAGAAACUUGUAGAUUCAGGUACGACGAUAAAAUCGUCAAAAACUAAUUCAAAAUGAAACACUCAAAUAUAUAGUUGGAUUUCUCGAAUGUGUGUAACAUGUAUGCAUCUUUGCUGAUAAAAGUUAUCAAAUUCACGUGCCCAAAGCGGAGCUUUUUCUCUUGUAUAAGAAAGCUAAAAAUUGCAUGAUUAUAAUCGUAAGCUACAAAAAAGACAGAUUAAGCAAUGUUUAUAAAGCUUGAAAAAAAUGCGAAAAAUCGAAAUCCUGAAAAUGGAUGAAUUAUUUUUUACACAAAGCCUUAUAUGGAGUUUGUUCUUUGAGGUAAAAACCCAAGUGAAUUCCUGAAUGGUUCUUCGAUAAAAAAUGGAUCAAAAGUGGAUAUUGGAUGCAUGCAGUGUAAUUUGCGAAAAUAUGUUUGAAAGUAUUGUUUCACAAAAUGAAUGAUUUGAGAGUAUUGUGAGAAUUAAAUUUAUAAACAAUUCCGUUUUACGAUCUUCUACUUGUCUUUGUUUUUAUUUUCAUUAGCGAAAAACAUUUUGAAAUGUUUAAACUACCCAAUUUCUCCCUGUGCCUAAUAUUAAAGAAUUAUCCUGCGAAACAAAAGGAUAAAAUAUUCAAUAAAUGUGUAAUAUGCCAAUUAGUUAAGAGAUUUGGACUUACGGAAGUUGUAGAGCGUAUCUCUGAAUUAUUUUUAUAUUAUUUUUCUGUGUCUGUGUGCGUGUGUAUAUAUAUAUUUUUUUUCUCUUAAAAUUGCAUUAAUAUCGAUCCCUUUAGAAAAGUAUAAAAAUGAUAGUUUCAGUAUUAAUGUGUAAUAUUUACUGCUAAGAGUAACUUUUGGUGACAUUAAGUAAAAUAAAUAGGCUUUUUUAUUUCAGCCAACUAUUUCCUGUUUUGUAAGGUUUAGUAAACAUUUUGAAAUUCAGUGGAACGAUGCAAAUGCAAAGAGGUCAGAAAAAAAGGCACUUUCUUAGUAAAAAAACUGUAUGUGCAAAAACAAGAUGUUUGUGAUUAUUGAGUGUAAUGCAUAUAAUUGUGUGAGAGAGAAUCGUAUCACCGACAUAUUAUGCGAUUAAUGUAAUCUCUGGUUUUGGUCAUGAACUUUUAAAGAUACAGAAUGUAAAUAAAAUUUGUUAUUCAAG